AUGCCUCUAGCACAAACGAUCCUCGUGGUCUUUCUUGACGGCGAGCCAAGCGCCAGCUCGGCUGUCUUCAAUGAUGUAGCAGCACGCGGUUGCAGUGGAUCCCUCGUACUCUCGGAGCCUAAAACGAGCGACUUAUGGGCGUUGCUCGGUGCACAGGGACAAGACGGUUGCUCUGCUGUGUAUCGCCCAGUACCUAUUUUUUUCUACAGCACAUCGGACGCCGCACUUCAAGUCGCCAAAACUGCAGGCGUGACGUCGGUGCGCCAAGUCUCGGAGCACGGAGCUGAUACAAAGCAGGAGAUCGUGUCGUUGCUGGCUGACCCCGACCUUGCCAAGGCUUUGGUCUUCGUGCACGUUGAGGUGGACAAGAACCAGAAGGCGCUGGCUGCCAAGUCUUGGAUCAAUACUAUCGUGUCGGAGCUGACAGCACAGCAGCAGCAAGACGACGGUGGUAGCAGAGUCUUUGUGUCGAUUGUGAAACCAGCCAAUCGCCCGGUGUCAAAGCCGCUCGAGCCCCACCCUCUACGACCCCAGCAGAGCUACGAAAAGUGGGACCACAAGUACCUGGACCACAGGGACGAGCAAGCUCCACGACGCCUGAUAUUCACGAGUUUCUACCAGGAUGAAACUCGCCGUGAUGCUGUGCAGGCGUUUGACGAAGCAGAGGUGGACAAGCUUGGCGGAUACGGGGCAAUGGAUGCUCGCGUUUUCAUGAAAGAAAUGGCCUUUCGUCUUGGCUGCGCGCCUAAAUAUGGUGCUUGA